AUGACGCACGUAUUUGUGUUAUAUGGAGACAAGACGAGCGGGAAUGCAUUGAACUAUGUAACAGCAAAUGAACAUCAAGCUCAUUCUAUGGGGUAUUUCUUCCCAGUUCUUCCAUUCCAAGAUCCUAAUACGUCCACAUUCAAACUCUCUCCACAAUUUACAUAUAGUUUAAUUACUUAUGAUAACAAAGAGGUCAAUGGCAUUGAAAAACAUUUUCCGGCUUGUACCAAAGAAACGUUAGAAAAUGUUAUUCAGUGGAUCGACAGUGAGGAGGUCUUAAAGAAAUCACAAACAUCAUUAGACGGAAUGGAAACAAAACGAAUGAACUUUUUUAAAGAAAUGAAUAAAAAUCAGCUGUUUGCACUCCUCAAGGCGUCAAUCACUUUAGACGUGGAAAGUCUGACUGAAAUGACAAGUAAAAUCAUAAGUAAUCAAUUGAAAAAUCUGGACACCGAAAAGAUGAGAAUUUAUUUGAACGUGACAAAUGAUUUCAACGAGGAAGAAUCUUUAAAAUUAGAUCAUCGAAUCGCGACGGGAAAGGAUGAUUAUGUCCCCGUUCAAAAGAAACAAACCAAACCUGUCAAUAAUCUUAAUAAUCUCAAUAAUCUCAAUAAUCUUGAAAAUCUCGAAAAUGUCGAAAAAAACGUGCGUCCCGCAAAAAAGUCGACAAAAAGCGGAAAAAUUGCGAAAAAGUCGAUUUCCGAGAAAGUCGAAAUUUCAGACAGCGCCGAAGAACAACCAAAAAGCGGAAAAGUCAGUAAAAAGGCCAUUUCGGAAGCCGUCGAGAGCGCGCCGAAAGUCGGGAAGACUGGAAAGGUGAGUAAAAAAGUUGUUAUUGAAAAAAGCGAAAAAGUCGACGAAUCCCCGAAAACGGGAAAAGUCGGAAAAGUCAGUAAAAAAGUGGCGACAGAAAAAAGCGAAACCCCGCGCGUGGGUAAAGUUGGAAAGGUAUCAAAAGCUGUUGUAAAAGAGGUUCAAGAAAGUGUGGAUAUAACAGAUAGUCCAGAAACAGUUGAAGAAGGUCAAAAUGAAAUGCCGAAAGUCGGGAAAGUCUGUAAGACAGUCGUUUUGGAAAAAAAUGAAGAAAAUGACGAAAAACCGAAAGUUGGAAAAGUCGGGAAAAAAGUCACAAAAAAAACAGAAGAAGGUGAGGAGAUAACAAAGCCAAAAAUCGGGAAAAUAGGGAAAGUUAAUAAAAAGGUUGUCGAGGAAAAGAGAGAGGAGAUUGACGAAGAGAAUGAGCAAGAAAAACCGAAGAUUGGAAAAGUCGGAAAGGUGGCGAAGAAAGUCGUGAAAGAGAAUGAAGAAGAACUCCCAAAAGUUGGGAAGGUUGGAAAAAUCGCGAAGAAAAAAACAAAUUAA